ACUGUGAAGUGGAAGCUGUGUGGAAUUUAACCGUCUGGUUGAUCAAAUUUGCUGUAAUGAAAUGAAAAACGGAAGAGGCCAGUGAAGUGGACAGGAAGAUGGACAUUUUGAUGUGAUAAGGAUAAAUGAUGCUCAUUUAUAUUUAUCUAUAGGAUUUCCUUCCAAUCGCAACAAUGACGUGUGCACUGUAUUUGGAACAUUAUUUAGACAGCCUGGAGCACCUGCCAAUCGAGCUGCAGCGGAACUUCAUGCUGAUGCGGGACUUGGACAAGCGGGCACAGGACCUGAUGCGCAACAUUGACAAGCUGGCCGGGGAGUAUCUGCAGCAGGUGCGCACGAUGCCAGCGGAACGCCGCCGCGAGCAGAUGAACAACAUCCAGAACCUGUUUGACAAGGCCAAGGAGUACGGGGAUGACAAGGUGCAACUGGCCAUCCAGACCUACGAGCUGGUGGAUAAACACAUCCGGCGGCUCGACUCUGACUUGGCCAGGUUUGAGGCAGAGAUACAGGACAAGGCAGUCAGCAACUCUCGCAAUCAGGACGAUGGCACCUCUUCAAAGAAAGGCCGGAAGAAGUUGAGGGACAAGGAGCGCAGCAAGAAGCGUGGCGGCGUAUCCUCAGAAGAUGACGGCGGGUCCGGCACGGUCAAGUCGUCCCGUAAGAAGCAGAAGAAGGGCGGAGGUGGCGGUGCGGGCGGCGGUGCCGGGAGCGGAGGAGGGUCAGGGGGUGCGGGCAGCGGCGACAGCGGGGAUUUGGGUGGCGGUGCGGCAGUGGCGGCAGCAUUGGCGGGCAUCGCACACCCGUCUGACGUGCUGGACAUGCCGGUGGAUCCCAAUGAGCCCACCUACUGCCUCUGCCACCAGGUCUCCUAUGGUGAGAUGAUCGGCUGCGACAACCCUGACUGUCCGAUAGAGUGGUUCCACUUUGCGUGCGUGGGUCUGGUGACAAAACCAAAGGGCAAGUGGUUCUGUCCAAAGUGCACAGCGGACCGCAAGAAGAAAUGAGCAGAAUAGAAUGCAGUGGAGUCUGGACGCCCUGGCGUAUACGUUUCUGGUUGCAGAAAUCUGUCUGUGUUCACUCAGCAGUGUGGAACAGUUUGCUUAGAAUGGUCAGUUAUCUUCCUCUUCUACAAACACUGUGUGAAAUUACUCAUAAAUUGUGGUACUUCAUAAUGACAAAACAUAUUAGAGGAUUGCAAGGGACAACACACACUUACAGAUUCUCACUAAGUUCGUCUUUGUCACAAGAAUAAAUGUCAUUAAGAAUUCAGUUAAAAGGAAAUUGUGGUUCUUAUUAUUUUAAACGAAGGAAACAUGACAUAAUCGCAAUACUGUUUAUAUUUUACAAUAUACAUGUUCCUUAUUAGUCCAGCAAGAAAAAUUUUGUCAGUUCAAGGCCCAUCACAUCUUCAGUGUUUUACACAAUUAUAGAAAUUAUUCUAUGGGGAGGGUUGUGUGGGUGAAGAUUGUCCUCACUUCGGUUGGGAAUCAAUGUUUUGAGCAUUUAACACAGCUGUGGAGUAGUCUGAAAAGUCCUAAGGCAUGGGUUGCUGUGGCGAAUUAGUCACAUGUUCUCAUGAAACUGAGUGUAAGAUAAGAGUUGGAGCCAUCUUUAUAUUAAUUCUUCACACUUCAUCUGCAAAUAAUUCAACCACUAACUGCAAUUUUUCUGUAAUAAGAACUUUCAUCACUAAACUAAGGAACAGUAUUAUUUAGUGGGAAUUUGUGUGUAUAUCCGAACGAAAAUGCGCUUAAGAAAAAUGUAAAAUUCUGGGAAGAUAGAAUGGCUGGUAGUGCUUAAUUUCCCUUUCAGCAGUUCUGUCUCCUAUGGAUUUAUAUGAGUUGUAGACACUGUGGAUGACUUUCCUGCAGUCUUUCACUAUGGGACAUCACAGUUUGAAAUUAAUUUUGUGGCUUGUAUGUUCGCCCCCAGGAGGCAGAAGUGAAAGAUGAUUAAUUUAUUAUAAGAAAGAGUUUGACACUAGUGAGGGAAUACAGGAGCUACAAAAGAAUGUCCACAGCGAACAUUGUAUCUACAAAGAUUUUCAAAGACUAACUGACUGGAAUUGUCAUAAUUUGUUAACAUUGCCAUUCUUAUUGGAAAAUUUUAGGGUGUGUUAAGACUAGGAAUUUUAAAUUAUUACAGCUGAUGGUGGAAUGAUAUAUCAUAAAAUUUACUCCGCAGUGCAUGUUGUGAAAAACUGUGAUGGUGUGAAGUGUAUCAGGUGGAGAAAUAUUUUUUUGUUCAGACCACACAUCUGGCUACAAUGGCAAAGUUUAGACAAAGUGCACAUUUAGGUGCCGAUGAUGUUUAUGAAAGAAAUGUGUUACAUAUUAUAGAUAUUCUAAUCCAUGAAUAAGGUUUAAAGAACAAAAUUGUCAAUUUUUAUGCAACUGUGGAUAACUUUUUAAUCUGUUUUUCUCUUCCACAUCCUCCUGUUAUUUUUUCCUCUUCUUUUUUAAGUAACUGAAAAGUAUUAUGUUAUUUGUUUAUAUUUUUAUAUUGCAUAUAUUUAUGUAAGUGUAUAUACAACAUAAUUUAAUGUGCUCUUUUGACAAUUAACUGCAUAGAUUUUUUAACAGAAAGAUCUGUAUUUAUAAAAAAUUUUUAGUGUAUGCUCAGUUUUAGGUAUUCUAUGUCAAACUCCUUAUGAAUCCCUUCCUGUUUAAAAUAUUUUUAUGGCAAUAUGCUCUGGGUUAAUCGGCUUUAAUGACUAAGAUUCCACUUCAAGUGUGGUUCCUGCUAUCUUCUUUGGCUUACAGAAUUAAGGUCAACAUGAUACGAUAGUUUGUUUGCAUGUUGAAUACUUUAAAUAACUGUAAUUGUGAUAUAACAUUCAGAUAUCCUUUGAUGUGUUUCAUGUAUAAAAAAUAUUGUGUCAGUAAUGAUUGCAAAUGAUCAAGUUGUUGUUAAGUAUAAGCCUCUGUGUUACACUUAGCAUACGCAGUUCUGUACUAGAACCUGUUGUAAAGUAUUAUGUCAAAAGAACAUUAAAUUACAUUUUCGUA